AUGACAAAUAACGCAGCUGCUUGUGCUGAGAGGGCCACUAAUGAUAUGCUGAUUGGUCCAGAUUGGGCUAUCAACAUUGAACUCUGUGAUAUCAUCAACAUGGAUCCUAGUCAAGCAAAAGAAGCAGUGAAGGUGCUCAAGAAACGAUUAGGAAGUAAAAACUCCAAAGUGCAGAUUCUUGCUCUUUAUGCAUUGGAAACGCUGAGUAAGAAUUGUGGCGAGAGCGUGUACCAGCUUAUCGUUGAGCGUGAUAUUUUGCCUGAUAUGGUCAAAAUAGUCAAGAAAAAGCCAGACCUCACUGUGAGGGAGAAGAUACUUAGUUUGUUAGAUACAUGGCAAGAAGCUUUUGGCGGAAGAUACCCUCAGUAUUCCAAUGCUUACAAUGAACUCAGGUCUGCUGGAGUUGAGUUCCCACCUCGCACCGAGAGCAGUGUGCCAUUCUUUACUCCACCACAGACUCAGCCCAUUAUUGCUCACGCCGCUCCAUCAGAUGAAGAUGCUGCUAUUCAGGCUUCUCUGCAAAGUGAUGAUGCUUCUGCACUCAGCGUGGAAGAGAUUCAAAGCGCUCAGGGAUCAGUUGAUGUUUUGACGGACAUGCUUGGGGCUCUUGAUCCAAGCCAUCCAGAGGGUUUGAAGGAAGAACUUAUAGUUGACUUGGUAGAGCAGUGCCGUACUUAUCAGAGACGUGUAUUGACUCUGGUGAACACUACUUCAAAUGAGGAACUUCUGUGUCAAGGAUUGGCAUUGAACGACAAUUUGCAGCGUGUUCUUCAGCACCAUGAUGAUAAGGCAAAAGGAAACUCUGUUCCUGCAACAGCUCCAGCUCCAAUACCGCUUGUUAGCAUCAACCAUGACGACGACGACGAUGAGUCAGAUGAUGAUUUUUCUCAGCUAGCUCACAGGUCGAAAAGAGAGAGCGCAAGAGGAGCUGGACAAGGGAGUUUCAACCCUAUUCUUCCUCCUCCACCACCUACAAUGAGGCCAGUGCAUGUUGAGUCCGGUGCCAUGGACUUCCUCAGCGGCGAUGUCUACAAACCUCAAGAACCCUCAGAGAGUGUAAAGCCUCCGAGUACUUCCCAUCGAGACUCUUCUGCUCCUAUUUUCGAUGAGCCAAUUCCCCGGAGCAAAUCCCCUGAGGAAGCUUUGUUCACCAAACCGGUUUACGACAGAAGUGAGCAAUUGCCUCCGCCUGCUCCAUGGGAUCCUGAAGGAACCAGGGUGUUCCCACCACCAAUGUCUGCAAGAACCAGGAGGAAAGAAUACGUCCAGCCAAGUAACGUUCCUCAACACUCAAGCAGUGGCUCUGAUUCCUCUUAUGACGAUCUCAUUGGACAGUCCCGGAACCUCUCUCUGAAUCCAACCGCCCCUUCUGCUGCUGCCGCUUCCACACCACCGAAGAAAGAUGACAAACCAGAGGAUAUCCUUUUCAAAGACCUGGUUGACUUUGCCAAAACCAGGAAAUCUUCGUCUUCUUCUUCCUCCAAACCCUUCUGA